AAAAGAACCGACUUUGGGUAUUUUGGUUCUAGCAUCUUAAUUUCUCCCAUACGAAACCAGGAAUAUCUCAUUCUCUCUCCCAGCAAGAAACCAUGAAACUGAGGAUAAGAUCAUUAGAAUCCAAAGAAACUCACAAAAUUGAAGUACCCAAUUCGUUUAAUCUUCAACAACUUAAGGAAUCCAUCAUCCUCAAACUCUUCCCUUCUUCUUCGUCUCCAUCCUCAUCUUCUGCUCUGCAACAGAAUCUGGGCUUAUCCCUCAACAGAAAGGAGGAGCUUUGCGGAUCUUCUUCUCCAGAAGAUUCUAUUCAAUCUCUCGGCGUUGCUUCAGGUGAUCUUAUCUAUUUUACUACAAACCCUUCUGCAUUCUCAUCUCAAAUCCCUAAUUUAUCGCAUUCCCAAUUACAAAAUUCCCCGGGAAUUAGUACUACUAAUGAUGAUGUUGAAUUGGUGAAUACCCAAAAAGUAGAAUCUGGUAAAUUGGAUGAAUUGAAUAAUAUUCCUAGUGUUGAAUUUAGGGAUUUAAUCGAUGCCCAGAUGGAAAAAACCUCGAAUUUGAGUAACCCUAGUGAUCAUAGUGAAAGUUUAGGGAAUACCCAGAUGACUGAAUCAUCUAAAUUUGAUGAAUUGGUUGGUCCGAACUCUCAAACUCGAGAGUUGGUGGAUUCCCAGGGGGAACUUUCCUUGAAAUCAAGUGAUUCUAAUGUGAAAGAAUCAAUUGACUUAGUUGAGGGGGAUGAUGAAAUGGAGGUUGAUGAUGAGUGUGUAAUUAACAGAAAUUACAGGUUUUUGGUCCCUAGUUUUUUGAAGAAGGUGUUUGUGAAGGAGGUAGGAGAUGCAACUGCUAAUGAUGGUGAUCAUAAACUCCUGGUGAUUGCUGUCCAUGCUGUUCUGUUAGAAGCUGGUUUUGUGGGAUAUAACCCGGUUUCGGGUACAAAAAUCGAUGGCUUUCAUCUUCCUGAGGAGUGGCACUCUUUAUCUUUUGGUAUGACUUUGCAUUACACUCUCCCACACCAUGGGAAAGUUUAUGAAUAUCCUGGUGAAAGUUUAGAAGUUUCAAAGUCUGAGGUUGUUGUUGAGACUGUUAUUUUGAAGUUUCAAACCAUGGGAAAGUUUAUGAAUAUCUAUGGUUCUUUGCCAAAGAAAGGAUUCGGGGUCCACCGAGUGUGCUUGGAUGAAUCUCGGUUUCUCCCACCUUUGAGUCUUAUCUCGAAAAGGGGUGAUAAUGAUAAUACUUCAAAUCAAGAGAUUUUUGUGUUUUGGAAGAUUGUCAAAGAUGGACUUUCAUAUCCCCUUCUAAUCGACCUUUGCGAAAGUGUAGGAGUAGUUCCUCCACCUUGCUUCAUGCGCCUUCCCACGGAGCUCAAACUUAAGAUAUUGGAGUCCCUUCCUGCUGUAGAUGUUGCUAGAGUUGAAUGUGUUUGUUCAGAAUUACGAUUUGUUGCUUCAAAUAAUGAUCUGUGGAAACUGAAGUACGAGCAAGAGUUUGGAAAUGCUGCAACAUCAUCACAAAGGGAAUGUCAAUGGAAGGCGAAGUUUUCUUCUGUUUGGGAGAUUAGGCAAAAGAGGAAGAGGAUUUGUAGGCCAUUGCAGUUCAGAGAGCCUUCCCAUUUUAGGCCUUUAUUUCCAGGUCGAAGGGAUCCGAGUUUUCUCGGGUCUCCUUUCGUAAUUGGUGGAGAUUAUGAUCGUUUACCAACUUUCGGUUUACCUCAACUUCCAGGUCGUAGGGUUUUCAGGCGGAAUUGUGACCUGGGAGGGUUUGGUAUUUAAGCUGGAUCGGAGCAGAAGAAGCCCUUUUUCCUGCUGAAUCGAUCAGGUGAAAUUUGAGUCAUUUAGCUUGCUGUAAGGGCUUGUUUGGUUGACAUUCUAAUGCAUGGGAAGUUUUAUUUCUUAGGAAGUGAAGAUUCUUAGAGCAAAGAGGUUGCUUGGUUGACAUAUGCGUAGGAAGUGAAAUUUCCCAUGGGAAUUCAAAGUUUCUAUGCUCAACCAAACAAGAGUACUAAAAGGGAAAUAUAACUUCCCAAGUGCAACAAAACAUCACCUAAGUUUGUUAGCAUUGCUCAGUUAGUAUGCAUAGCACUACUUGUUUUAUGUCAUGUUUUUAUGUCAUGUUGUUUCCAAACUGGUGUGAAAUUUUCACUGCUGAUUCGUUUACUUUUUAAGGCUUGGAAAUAAAAAUCGGCAGGUAGUUUUGGUUUCACAAA